UCCUGGUUGCUAUAGUUGCAGCGUCUCUCUUUUUGCUUGGGGGCAGAGAGGAUAUGGUAAGGUGGCGGCUGCUUCGGGAAGCUUCGAUUAAAGCUUAAUAGUAAGGAAAAUGGCUGAUCCAGAAAAGGAGGCAAGUGACCUUGCUGAAGCAGAGACUGAAAAGCAAGUUGUAGAGGACACAUCUGGAAAACAAGCAGAAGUAGGUUUAGACUCUAUAGGUACUCUACAAGAGCAGACAGAUGCAAUUCAACUGGAUGAAACAAAUCUGCCCACAGAGCAGGAACAAGGCCCAGAAUUAGCAACAGGUGAAUUGGGGGAUGCUGAAGAACCACUGCAGGAGCUGACCACUACUGAGGAAUUAGCUGUUGCUGAGGAACUAGUGCAGGAACUGGCUCGUGGUGAGGAACUGAUCACUGCUGAAGAACUGGCACAGGGGCAAAGUGUUGUUGAGGAACCAACACAGAGCCUUCCCACUGCUGAGGAACCUGGCCCUGCUGAUGACUGGGUUGCAGGGCUAGCUGCUGCUGAGGGACUGACACAGGGAUUGGAGGCAAUAGAAAAAGAAGAAGAACUGCAUCCAGACUCCCAGGAUGUUGUCCCAGAGUUUCAGACAGCUAUUCCAGAUAUCCACGAUCUUGGUGCUGGAACUGAGCCACCUGUAGUUGACACAGGUGCUCCAGAUAUAAGUGCUAGCAACACGGCUAAAGGUGUUUCUGAAAAGGUUGAUUUUGCAACAGAUACACAUGCUGCAGAAGCCAUGUUAACUGAAGCGUUGGCAGCUCAAAGAGCAGAAUUUCCAGAGAAUACCAGAGAAGCUACUGUAACAGUUCAAUUCAUGCUGCAUCCUGAUAUCCAGAUUUUCACUAAGGCUUUUAACAUUAACCAAACUGUGGAGCACAUGAAGCAGUACUUUGCAACACGCUUAAAAAUACCACUGAAUGUUUUACAAAUUAUGUUGCUAGGUAUAUGGAGAUGCCUAUCUAUGAGACUGCUUUAUGAGACUGCUUUGUGGACAACACAUACAACUGGAAACACAACAUGUUUUUGGUCAGCAGUAAUUGAUGAUGGGGAAAUGUUUAAUGGAGGAUGCUGUGUCUUGCCAGGGAGAUCCAGAAUUUUAAGGAGAAUAAUUAAUAAUAGUGAAACCCUAUGGAAUCUGGGUGCUACACCUUAUGCGACCAUACAAGUUGAUAUCUUCUCCCUUGAUGAAGAAAACUUUCCAAUCAAAGCAUCUAAACUCCUAGAGGAAUUCUACAUGCCUGAUGUUAUAACUGUUAGAGUGCAAUCAGAUUCAGAAACAUUUAAGAAUGUAGACAUAGCGAUUAAAAGGCCAAGUUUUGAGAAACCAUUUCUGGGUGGAUAUAGACACAAACAAACAGGCACAGAAUAUCAUCAUGCAGGAUCACAGACAGACCCCAAAAAACAUCCAGACAAAGGCUAUGAAGAGUUCUGUAGGUCGACACAGACAGCUGUUGAGAAGAAAAAUCUGCGACAGACAAGAAAUACAACUUCCACCCAGAUGACUAAAAUUGGUGUCUAUGUGUCAAAUGUCACAGACAAACUUAUAGAACCAAAAACCUAUGUGACGGCUGAAGAAUACCAUGCACAUAGACUUAAGGCAGUCAUUAUAAUACAAACUUACUUCCGACGAUGGCUAGCUAAGACUUUAGUAAAUAAACUAAAAGAAGAAUUACGAUUAAGAAUGGAAUGGGAAGAACUAGAAGCUCUAAGAAAGCAGCGAGAGAAGGCAGAAAAACUGUUAAAAGAGUAUAAUCGAAGGCUGGUUCCUAGAACAAAGGAUGAUUUUGAGUUACUCUAUCAUGCUUUAGAAUUAUGGAGGCAAGAAGAGCUUGAGAACAUCAACAGCACUCUCACUGGAGCAGAACGAAAGGCAGCUCUUUGUGGACUUUUAGAAAAAGAGACCGAGCUGAUUGCUUCCAUUGGGAGACACAAAAUAAAUGCCGAUCAAGAGAAUGCACAUAAAGCAGUACUCUCCUUCUUGGAAAAGUGUGCAGAACCAAAAAAAUGGAAAGCAUUUGAUGGCAAAAUCACAGAGAUGGAUACACAGUUCACACUGCGUGCCAGGGAACUGCUUGAAAACUACCGCAGCAUUAGUAUGAAAGACCUUCCCCAAGAUGAGCGGCUAGAUGUGUUGCUAACACUGAAGCAUACAGUGAAGGAACAUGAUUGUAAACUCACACAUGAUAUAGUGGAAUUGAUUGACAGAGAAGCAGACCUCAUGAUGAGAGGAGUAAAAGAAUGUAACUUACAAGGGCUCAGACAAAGAAUAUGUACAUUAUUUUUUCAGUAUAUUAAAACACCACUUUUUAACCCAGAGGUUGCUAAACAUCUCAAGGUUCCACCUGAUCCAAUUAGACUUUACCACAACAUCUACUUUUGCCUUGGUUGCAAAAGAUACCUGCCUUCUACUGAUUUUGCCAUAUCUGCUACUUCUCACACUGUUGGCCGAUGCCGUCUGUGCUGCAAGCUGGAUAAUGAGGCUCGUCAGAGGGAAGCCUUUUUGAAAUACAAACGUAUGCUCCGAAAUCUCAGAGAAUCUGAACUGAAUUAUAAGGAUGGUGCUAAGAUUGCUUUCGUAAUACAGCUGCAAGAUCUUCGUUAUAUGGUUGAAAAUUUCUGGGGUUCUCAGUCAGCUCUGAGUGCCUGGGAUGAUCUCUAUGAUCUUGUCAUGGUCAGGUGGAAUAAGUAUCAUGAAUGGUCUCCCUGGAACACACUUCUCAUCAAAAGGAGUGAGGCUGAGGCUCACCUCAACCUGAAAAAUCUUGAAAAGGCUUAUGAGAUGGUGUUUAUUCAUAAGAUAAAGCACAAGCAUAUCCUUGCAAGGAACUAUUUCUCUCAGUUUCCAGAGCUGGCAGCAGCUCUGCAUAAAGAUGACAAGCAGACUAACACAGAUGAUCUUUUAGUAACAAAGUCUUUAACAGCAGGUCCAUCAAACUAACACUUCAAGAAUCUACAAGCUUGCUCUGCUUUAAGGAUGUAUAUGAGUAUUCACAGCACUGAUUUAUUGCUUGAAGAACCAGUCUGAUCUCAAGAGACAGAAACAUUUUACUGUCUUAUUUGCACAUUGGCAAGCAACUGUCUUAUUAACAAACUGAUUCCAAAUAGUUAUCAUUGCGCUGCAUUUAUAUCUUUGAAAAUUAACCCUGUUUCAUAUGUAGUGUCUAUUUUUUUUAAAAAAACCCUCCUUUUGUUAAAAAUUCUCUUCACUUUGUUAUUCAACAGGAAAAGGUUGCAUUGUCCUACUUAGGAAGGGCAGGGCAAUAAUCUCAGUUGGUUUCUUGCACAAAUAUCAAUUACUCAACUUGUCCCUUGUUCUACAUCCUUUCAGUUGAAGGAAGCAUCACUUCUAAAAUCCAAGUAGAAUUAAGAUAGUUGCAGAGGAUAUUAUAUCUGCUCUGCAGCACAUGCACCAUUGAUAAUGAUAAACAUUAUUUCCAAGUGCACACAUUCUGUCCAAACCAGCUCCCCAACAUUGAAUACUGAUACUACAUGGGUCAGCUUUGGCAAAUAUUUUUCAGAAACCUUACUGAGAAGAAUAAUUGCUACACAUUCGGGUAGAUACAAAGAACUACAUAGGCCUAAUUUUACCUUGUGGAAUUUUGACUAGCUUCCCCACCCCCCCAUGGAACAGCUUCAUACUAUGUCACAAACUGCUUUUAAAACUUUCCUCACUUUCAAAAGAUUUGUCAAUGCAGCAUAGAGCUGCUGUUCAAGAAACACCAAGUCCAACAAUUUCUCAAGAAUUAACUGAGAAGUUCUUUGGAGCCAGGCCUCAGUAGGGAACCUUUUGCUGUUUGUAGCCUGAAUUUAUGAGAUCAGGUCCGUGUUUAUUUAUUUUUACAUCAUUUACAUUGUAAAAGGCAGAGGUUUACUACUGGGUAACUUUUUAAAUAACUUGGAAGUGGUAUUGUAAUCACACCUCUACUUGUACAAGGUAUUUGCUGUGGACUAGCUGCUUGGCAUACUCUUGGCUGCUAAAUGACAUAUUUUCAAAGUGAUCAGCAUGCAGGUACCAAUAGGGUAUUAAGUAAAAAACUACAGCUAACUGAAAUAAGCCUCUUUCUAAGUGAAAACAUUAUCACUAAUAUGUAGAUUUCAGCUAUCUGUUAUAGAGCUGUUAAGCAGUACUUCUUGAUCUAAUUAAAUUUCAAGAUUUAUUUUCUGUUUCAUUUGGGGGCAACUUAAGAACAACACCCUUUCCAAGUUUGCUUCCAGCAUUCCUGAUCUCAAUAUCAUCAUCACCUUCUUCAAUUCUAUAAAUAGGCAUCAGCACUUAAGAUUUAUUCUAGGAGUAAAACUGAGCACAUGAAUUCUUCUAAACAUCAGAGGAGUUCCAUUGAACAUAAACGUUUUUUGACAUCUACUCAGGACGUACCAUGAAUCUUUCCAUCAGUCAUAGAACAAGAACUUUAAAAACGUUGGCUGUCUGCCUUUGUAUACUAUAUAUACUAAACUGCUAAUUGGUGAUUUCUGCCUGAGAAAUUUCAGUGAAAAGGUGUGGUCGUAUAUAUGAAAUCAAAUCAAACUAGUCUUCCAUUGGGAUUCAGACCCAACAAGGGCAUAGGAGAAUACGUAGCACUGAAGCUGAAUUGUGUCUUGUAUAUUGCUUUUAAAAAUUGGACUGAUUAAAUGAAGUAUCUAUAUGGCAGGAGCCAAAGGUUUGACAUUGUGAAGUAAACUCCGCUUAACCACAUUUACUGUGGACAGCUGUUUGUAUGACCCUACCACCAUCAAUAUUUGAUAACUAUUUGCCAUAGAAGCCCAUUAGAAAAAAUACAUAGUAUCCUUUCUAUCCUGUUAAUUGGAUAAAAUUAGUUCACAUCACCAAUUCAUAUUGCAUAAGAGAGUGCCAUGCAGAGUAGUAGCUCUUUUUUCCUGAAAGAUCUUGAGUUAACUAACAUUUUGCAGAAAUGUAUUUACCAUAAUUGACCUAAAUUAAAUGUUUAUUUAAAAAGCAAGGCUUUGCAUGCUACAAGAUUGGGUCAUUGUGUAUUGCAGUAUAAUAAGUAACUAUGUUGACUGUCAAGAGCCUGAAGUUUUGAGAUACAACACACG